AUGGAGAUCCAAGACAGAACUGAUCUCUGUUUCCCACAUCUCCUCAACAGCUCUUGCAGGAAGCCCACACUUCACUGGUCUGAAGCCGUUCUCCUGAACUCUGUGCUGCUCUUCAUCUCACUGAUCACUGUAGUGCUCAACCUCCUCAUCAUCAUCUCAGUCUCACACUUCAGGCAGCUCCACACUCCUACAAACAUCCUCCUCCUCUCUCUGGGUGUUUCAGACUUUUUUGUUGGUCUCCUGCUGAUGCCUUUUGAAAUCUACAGAUUUACAUUCUGCUGGUUUCUUGGAGACACCAUGUGUGUUUUUUUGUUUUUUUUGAUUGGUACCAUCAUCUGUGCUUCAAUCUGGAACAUUGUCCUGAUAUCAGUCGACCGCUAUGUAGCCAUUUGUUACCCUCUGCAUUACCCCACCAGAAUCUUGUUGACAAGAGUCAAAUAUUGUGUUUGUCUGUGUUGGUUCUGUGCUUCUUCCUGCAGCUUUGUCUAUUCAAAUGAUGUGAUGGUUCAGUCUGGCAGGAGUAAAUCCUGCAUUGGAGAAUGUAAAUUUAUCAUAAGCUACAUUCCAGGAACAUUUGACCUCGUUUUUAAUUUCAUACUUCCAGUAACAACCAUCAUAGUUCUGUAUUUGAGAGUAUUUGUGGUGGCUGUGUCUCAGGCUCGUGCCAUGCGCUCUCACAUUACAGUCGCCUCGUUUCAUUCAGCGACAUCAGGAACAAAGAGAUCAGAGUUAAAAGCAGCCAGGACUCUGGGGGUUCUAGUUGUUGUAUAUCUAAUGUGUUACUGUCCAUAUUACUGUUACUCUAUAGUUGGGAUUAGUUUAACUAAUACCCCUUAUUCAUUUUCUUUGUUUUUCCUUGGCUAUGUUAACUCUUGUUUAAACCCUGUGAUCUACGCCCUGUUCUAUCCCUGGUUCAGAAAAGCUGUUAAAGUCAUUGUUACUCUACAGAUACUGCAGCCUGGCUCACAUGAGGCCAAGCUGCUGUGA